ACGGCCAUUCAUGGUGAGGGGUCACUUACUCCUAUAAAUCAAUACACGGGAAUUCGGCGAAGGCACUCUUUUCGUAGUGCCUGCCGUCGACGCUAGCUGUACAACCUGCUACUCACGUCGCUAUACUCUGAAAGGGAUCGUCUAUCUCCCACUCGCUCCCUCUUGCUCGCUCACUCUCUCUCUCUCUGGCUCGCUCUCUCCAAGGAAAUCAAAGGGACGUACAGAGACCAUGUCGGAGGGGUGAAAAAAAUCCAAAUACUCGGCAACGAGAAGACUUCUAUUGAAGGGCAAGCUAUUGAGGAAGGCCGAGGCCUUGCUGAUUGUUGAGCAGACAACCAAGGCUGCUGAGAGAGAAGCAAAGCUUAAGGAGAACUGUCCGCCCCUCAAACUAUCUGGCCUCACUGUGGAGGACCUGCAGGCGCUCCUCAAGACCAUGCACAAACAGAUUGACGUCCUCGAUGAAGACCGGUACGACCACGAGGUGAAGGUUGCCAAGAAUGAGAACGAGAUCCAAGUGCUGACCCAUAAGGUCCGGGAGCUGAAGGGGACGAAGAGGCCCAACCUGAAGAGGGUGAAGAAGACCGGGGACCUGGUGCUGAGCGGGGCCAAGCUGCCCGCCAAGUCGGACUUCAAGGUCGCGCUGAAGACGGUGAAGAAGGACGAGGAGAAGAAGGAGGAGGUGACUGACUGGCGUAAGAACGUGGAGGCCAUGUCUGGCAUGGAUGGGAGGAAGAAGAUGUUUACUGCUGCUCAGUAGGAAAGACCAACCGCCGUUCAGCGGCGUGAGAGCUCCCUCACAUUAACCUCCAUUGUUCAGCGUGGUCUAAAUUGCACGCGCUAAUUGCUAGAUGAGUCGCCAUAUGAAGAUAUGAAGAGAUUGAAAUAGCCAUUUUUCUUUUUGUAAAGUGGAAUGUGUGACAUUUAAUUUAAACGCUUUGUACUGUUGUAAAAAAAAAUAAUAGCAAUAGAAUAAAAUAAAGAAUAUAUUCAUACUGAA